AAAAUGUUUUGUGUUCUCGGGGCUGGGUGGGGGAACUAAAGAGGCUGGAAACACGGAGGAAGCAUUUAGCGGAGACACCAGGGCCACUUGGCUGGACACAGGCCGCUAGGAAGGAAAUCUUUGAUUGAAGAACUUUGUCUUUAUCUCUGCACUUGGAAUAACAUUCUCAUUCAACAACAUUCUCGCAGACUUUCAACAUGGGAGUGCCCAAGUUUUAUCGCUGGAUCUCCGAGCGUUAUCCUUGUCUGAGUGAAGUAGUCAAGGAACACCAGAUCCCAGAGUUUGAUCAUCUGUACCUGGACAUGAACGGGAUCAUCCAUCAAUGUUCUCACCCCAACGACGAGGACGUCCACUUCCGCAUCUCAGAGGAGAAGAUCUUUGCAGACAUCUUUCACUACUUGGAGGUUCUCUUCCGCAUCAUCAAACCUCGCCAGGUCUUCUUCAUGGCUGUGGACGGUGUGGCCCCUAGGGCUAAGAUGAACCAGCAGAGAGGACGCAGGUUCAGGUCUGCCAAGGAAGCAGAAGAGAAGACGAAGAAAGCCUUGGAUAAAGGAGAGGUGUUACCCACAGAAGCUCGCUUUGACUCCAACUGCAUCACUCCAGGCACUGAGUUCAUGGUGAGACUCCAGGAGCAGCUGAAGUAUUUUGUACACAACAAGCUGUCCACUGACAAGCUGUGGCAGAAUGUCAGAGUCUACCUGUCAGGCCAUGAGACUCCUGGUGAGGGCGAGCACAAGAUCAUGGAGUUCAUACGCUCUGAAAGUGCCAGACCUGAUCAUGACGUCAACACCCGACACUGCCUGUACGGCCUGGAUGCUGACCUGAUCGUGCUGGGUCUGACCAGCCACCAGCCUCAUUUCUGUCUGCUCAGAGAGGAAGUACGCUUUGGAGGAAGGAAGUCACAGAAAAGGAUUAGUGCUCCAGAAGAGACAACCUUCCAUCUGCUUCACUUGUCUCUGAUGAGAGAAUACAUCGACUACGAGUUCUCUGCACUGAAGAGUCCAAUGGGGUCAGACUACGACCUGGAGAGGAUCAUAGAUGAUUGGAUCCUGAUGACUUUCCUGGUGGGCAACGACUUCAUCCCUCAUCUUCCUCACCUGCACAUCAACCAUGAUGCUCUACCACUGCUCUACCACACAUACAUCUCUGUGCUGCCUACCCUGCAUGGUUAUUUGAACGAGAAUGGCAACCUGAACCUGGGAAACUUUGAGAGAUACUUGGAAAAACUGUCUGAGUUUGAUCGUGAACACUUCAGCCAUGUCUUCGUGGACCUGAAGUGGUUUGAGAGCAAGGUGGGCAACAAGUACCUGAACCAGGCUGCUGGUCUUGCGGCAGAGCAGGAAGCGGCCAAGGAGGAGGUGUCUGUGACAUCAUCACCUCAGGUGUUGGGAGGCGGGGUCAAGGAGGAGGAGGAGGAGGAAGAUGACCUCUUUGAAACAGAGUUCAGACAGUACAAGCGCACCUACUACAUGACCAAGAUGGAGGUGGACGUGGUGUCUGAUGAGUUCCUAGCACAGCAGGCCAGAUGUUACGUGGAAGGUCUCCAGUGGAUCCUUCACUAUUAUUACCAUGGAGUCAAAUCCUGGAGCUGGUACUACCCCUACCACUACGCACCUUUCCUGUCCGACAUCAAGAACAUAGCACAGCUGCACUUGACCUUUGACCUGGGGAAACCCUUCCUGCCCUUCCAGCAGCUGUUGGCAGUCCUGCCUGCUGCUAGCAUGGAGCUGCUACCUGAAUGCUACAGGCCCCUGAUGAGCAGUGAAGAUUCACCCAUCAUUGACUAUUACCCAACUGACUUCAAAACAGACCUGAAUGGCAAGCAACAGGAGUGGGAGGCCAUUGUUCUCAUCCCCUUCAUCGAUGAGAGACACCUGCUGGCAGCCAUGGACAUGUGCAAUGACAAGAUGCGCAGAGAAGAACGUGAGAGAAACCAUCACAAAGAGUGUGCUCUCUACGUCUACAAUGCAGACAUAGACUUCACUUACUCCUCCUCCCUGCCUCACAUCUUCCCCCACAUGCAGCACUGUCACGUCAGGACACAAAACAUUCCUAUGGACGCCUGGCAAGUUCCACUCAAACACCUUUACAGGACUGUGGACCGCUCAGCCACCUACUUCUGUGGUUUCCCCACGCUGCAACACAUCAAACAUAAGUUCCACAUGAAGAAGUGCGGGGUGGUGGUGUUCCAGCAGAGCAGCAGAGGUGAGAACAUGAUGUUGAGCAUCCUCCCUCCUCCACAAGAAGACACCCUGUGUGAGCGCGUGGCUGAGCGAGUGCUGGGCAGGUGUGUGUUUGUCAACUGGCCACACCUGGAGGAAGCUCGCAUCAUCGCUGUGUCUGAUGGAGAAAGCAAGUUCUACCUGCAGGAAGCAGCAGGUGUGCAGAGGGUGUAUGACACACCUCCACCCACACAAGUCUCCUUCCUGUCAGACAAGGAGCAGAGAGACUGGGAGAAAGAUGUCCAAGGCAUCACUGAAGAUUUGGUGAAGAAGAAAGGCAUCCAGGUGAACGAGACCUCGGUGCUUCUGUACGGCCAGCUGCUGACAGGAAGGAAGUUUGUGCCUAAAGGCGGUGGUGUGGUGGAGCUGGAGAAGCAAUGGUCCAAACAAGUCAUUCCCUUUGCCUACCAGACUGUGGUCAAGGACAUCAAGGCCUUUCAUUCCUCCUUGAGCACCUUCAGCAGCCUAGAAGAACUAUUCCCUCCUCACACCACCGUCUUCAUGGUGGCCAACCCCUACUACGCCGCCAUGGGAGAGGUGCAAGACUCCAGUGAUGUCAUCAAAGAAGGUCGUAUACGUGUGGUCUUCAACGUGCCGCAUGAACCACAACUGGAGGCUCUCAUCCACAACCAGCAUAAGUACAGUGUGAAGUACAGUCCUGGGUAUGUGGUGGCGUCCCGUCUGGGUAUGACCAGCUACCUGGUGUCGCGCUUCUCCGGCAGCAUCUUCAUCGGCAGAGGCAGCAAAAAGAAUCCAUGUGGCGAGCAGAAAGCCAACGUGGGCCUCAACCUGAAGUUCAACAAGAAGAACGAGGAGGUCCCCGGCUACACCAGGAGGACCGAGAAGGAGUGGCUCUACUCCGCCGCCGUGGAGGAGCUUUUGGCGGAAUACCUGGACAGGUUCUCCGAGGUGUUUGACGCCGUGUCCAGGAACUCUCAUGACGACGUGUUCUACGAAGACGACGUCUGGCCGGGGGAGGACCAGAACGGGGCAGAGAAGGUGUCAGAGAUCACCACGUGGCUCAAAGGUCACCCUGUCAGCUCCGUCAGCAGGGCGUCAUGUGACCUGCAGGUGCUGGACGCUGCCAUCGUGGAGAAAAUUGAGGAGGCGGUGGAGAAGUCCAAGGUGAAGAAGAGCACCAAGAAAGUCCGAGUCACUGUCAAGCCACACCUCCUCUUCAGGCCCCUGGAGCAGCAACAGGGGGUGGUCCCAGACCCCAAUGCCGAGUACCGCCUGUUUGACCGUGUCAUCAACACCCGAGAGAGCUUCACGGUGCCACUGGGUCUGAGAGGAACGGUCAUCGGCAUCAAAGGAGCUGAGCGUGAGGACGAGGUUCUCUACGAGGUUCUGUUCGACGAGGACUUCUCUGGUGGCCUCAACAUCAGGUGCACGUCGCCUCGUUGUUACCGCCUGCCGCCCAGCGCUCUGAUGAACGUGUCCCAUGGCGGCCGAACAGAUCCCAGCUCGCACAAACUCACCGCCAUCGUCAAACCUCAGCCUGCCGCCAACUUCUACUCUCAGCAGCAUGUGGGGAACCUCAACCACUCGCCACGCUCGCCCUUUGUCGCCACACAGCACAACAAGCACGCUGCUCCUCAAGGCAGCUCCACUUCUAAGGUUCCGAUCCACAAACAACAAGCCAAGAGUAAAGAGGCGUACACUGAUGUGUGGCAAACUCUGCACAAGUCUGCUCCUCCUCAACAUCCUCCUGCCCACUGGCAAAAUCAUACUUCAAUGGCUCCCAUUAGACUGUUGAAGAAAAAUGAAGAUCUAGAUUUGCACAACAGCGACUCCAAGGUCAACUCUUCUAAACCAUCGCUGGAGUUUGAGGAGCUUUUAGCCAGCCUGAAGAUCUCCAAGGAGAGCCAGGAGCCUGCAGACCUUCCUGCACCUGUUCCUGGACCUGCACCUGCUACUGCACCUGUUCCUGUUCCUGCACCCUGCAGCCAGUCAGACCAGCCCUUGUCCCCACAGUCCUUUGCCCUGAAGGGCACCAUGGUGCUGAAGGAGAUGUUGAAGAUAGACAACAGUCACCAGAAGGAACAACAAGUGUGUGAGGCUCAGAAGAACACGAGAAGAAGACCUAAAAAACUAGCUGCCAUGAUGAACGUUCCUCAUGGAGAUGCCUCUCCUCACCUGCCUGUCACCUGUGCCAACAACACCCUGAUGGCCAGCAAGGUGUCAGAGCUGGGGUGUGUGUGUGGGGCGCUAGACAUGGCACCUCCAGACUACACCUUCAUGCACAACACACAGGGUGUGGUGUUGUGUCAAGUCAAGCUGUCCAACGGUUUGAUCGUUCACGGACCACAGUCCCCGUCAGAGAACGAGGCCAAAGAAAAAGCUGCUUUCUUCGCCUUACAAAGAUUGAGUUCACUGGGCCCAAGCUUCCCUCUCCAAGCUCCAGUUUACCGCGGUGGCGUUGAACACCUGCAGGCUCCGCCCAUCAGAGCCAUCUUCAACCAGCCAGGUGGCUUGAUGAUGCCGCCACAGGCCUGUGGCCCCGCCCCUUUGUGGGCGGUACCUCUUCCUGCUCACCUGCACCACCAGAACCAAAACUUCUACAGAGCAGCGGGUGUGUUUCCUGUGCGGCCGCACCAUGUCGCACCUGUGGCCUCGCACCAUGUCGCACCUGUGGCCUCGCACCAUGUCGCACCUGUGGCCUCGCACCAUGUCGCACCUGUGGCCUCGCACAAGCAGUUCAUCCCCUUGCAGGUGACCAAGAAGCGAGUGUUGGCCAAUAAGAAGAGUCAGAAGAUCUACAGCGCCGGCCAAUCAGCAGCCAGGAGAGACCAGGACACGCCCCCUGGCCAAUCACACGCUCAGAAGCCCAGAGAAGACCAGUCGUCUCCUGGCGCAGAGGCUGUUGCCACGACAACGGCAGACCCGCACACUCCCCCCCGGCAAAAUAAACCCUCCACUGGCCACACCCCCGGCUCCGCCUCCAAAAGGAAACAUAGGAAACUGGCCGUCAACUUUGAGUCAGGUAAAGUGUCGGAGCAGUGAUGUCAUAUCUUCAUGCAACAUGCUAACUUGAAAAAUAGACAC